AAUUCGGUUAAGCACUUAAAGCGACGUCAACGGCUGGCCGAAAAAAGAAAAAGAAACAAAGCAGACGACGCGGUAGGCGGGGCCCAUGUGGCCCACAGGCGGCCAAUGCGACGUCAAUGCGUUGGCUACAACAACAAUAGCAACAGCAACAACUUCAAUAAGAAAAGCCAAGUCAAGUAACAAACGAGAACAAAUUGCUUGGCCAAGUUACGUGCAUAGUUCAAUUGAAGGUGAAAUCCACUAGCCAAAGCCGUGCGAGUCUGUUACUGAGUGGGAGUGAGAGAGAGCGUGGAGAGUAGUGUGUGAGCGAGAGAAUAGCCUCGGCCAGCACCCGCAUCAACAUGUCCAGCAGCCAUUCGGGCACAAUUGGCCGUAAACGCGUUGGCAGCGGCAGCGCCAUCGGCAGCGAAUUUUACUACGGCAGCAGCAUAAGUGGCUCGAACCCCGGCGGCGGCGGCGUCGGCAUUAGCAGCUCGAAUCCAGGCGGCGAGCAACAGCAGCUGAGGCGUCAACGUUCAGCCGAAUGGCAUAGCCAUCGACAUGGACACGGCUAUGGCAGCAGCAGCGAGGAUGAAUAUCAAAAUACCGCCCAGGCAACGGCCUUUGAUACGCAGCUGUUGGCUCAGCUGCUGCUGCAGAGUCAGCAAUUGGCAA